AUGGCGCUGCGGCCCGGAGCCGGCGGGGGGGGUGCCGGCGGGGCGGCGGGCAGCGGCGGAGCGGGAGCUGCCAGCUUCAUGUUUCCUGUGGCAGGUGGUUUAGGCCCCCCUCAAGGGAUGAUUCCUAUGCAGCAGCAAGGAUUUCCAAUGGUUCCUGUCAUGCAGUCCAACAUGCCAGGCAUGAUGGGGAUGAAUUAUGGUUCCCAGAUGCCUCCUGGAGCCAUGACCAUGCAGGGUGGCAUGCCCAUGGGGCCCAUGCCAGCGACGGGGAUGCCUUACAUGGGCCAGGCCUCUUUCCUGGGAAUGCGCCCAGCAGCCCCCCAGUACAGCCCUGACAUGCAGAAGCAGUUUGCAGAGGAACAACAGAAGAGGUUUGAACAUCAGCAGAAAUUCUUAGAAGAAGAAAGAAAACGGCGUCAGUUUGAAGAGCAGAAACAAAAGCUGAGACUCCUAAGCAGUGUGAAACCUAAGACAGGUGAAAAAAGCAGGGAUGAUGCUUUGGAAGCCAUUAAAGGAAAUUUAGAUGGUUUUUCUAGAGAUGCUAAAAUGCACCCAACACCAGCAUCACAUCCAAAAAAGCCAGAUCAUCCCACAUCAUCCCAUCCUGCUGUAUCUGUUUCCCACUCUGCUUUUCCCGAUGAUGAAGAAUUUAGUGACUUUAUCCAAGGGCCUGUUGAACUCCCCAAACUGGGGCCUCAACCCAUCUCUCAGCCCUUUCAGCCUUUCCAUCCUGCCCCUGAGGCUGGCCACCUGCUUUCAGAACAGGCUGUGCUCCAGCCUCUCCCUCCAGCCCAGGCUCCAGUGUUACCCAUCCUGCAUGCUACAGCUGGGCAGAUUCCCUUUUUUCCUACCUCUGCAUCUUCACCCAGUAUCCAUAAAACAGGCCCUUCCUUGGAGGAGAAAGUCUUAGAUAAUGGCUCAAAAGAAUCUGAACAAGAGCAAAGCCAAAUUAAAGCAUCCGAAGUUGGGCACAAAGCCUCAGCUGCAAGCCAAGUUCAUCCCAGUCUGCCCAGCAGUGACUGGGGUGUUGUAGGUGGACAUGAAAGUGGUACCACUGCUGCAGAGGUGCACAAGGCUUCAGAACAAAACAUAGCAGUUGAAGAGUGUGGAGUGGGAGUGUUCCCUUCACAGGACCCCAUUCAGCAGAUGAUGCCUCCCUGGAUUUACAACGACAGCUUGGUCCCAGAGCUGUACAAGAAAAUUUUAGAAACAACUUUGACCCCUUCUGGAAUAGAUACAGCCAAGCUCUAUCCCAUACUGAUGUCAUCUGGGUUGCCCAGGGAGACCCUGGGGCAGAUCUGGGCGUUAGCCAACCGCACCACCCCGGGGAAGCUCACCAAGGAGGAGCUCUAUGCUGUCCUGGCCAUGAUAGCAGUCACCCAGAGAGGAAUACUGUCCCUCAGUCCUGACGUGUUAAACCAGUUCCCAGCAGCUCCCAUCCCUACCCUCAGUGGCUUUCCCAUGUCCCUGCCUCCCAGUGUCAGCCAGCAGCCCCUGCUGCCCCCUGCUCCGCCCGGCUCCGUGUCCCUGGGCAUGGGAACAGCCAUGGUGGGACUCGGCAUCCCGGCACCUCCUGGAGGAGCUGCAGCACAGCCCUCAGCAGGGUUCCUGCCCUCCUUCCCACCUGGACAGGUAGUGAAACCAGAAGAUGAUGACUUCCAGGAGUUCCAAGAUGCUUCAAAGUCUGGCUCACUGGAUGACUCUUUCCCUGAUUUCCAAGGGGAUGGAGCUGGCUCCUCCAAAGCAGCCAGUUCACAGCACCAGGGCAGUGUUCCUUCUUUACUAAUGCCACUCCCAGGUAAUAAGACACUCUCAUCAACUGAUAAGUAUGCUGUGUUCAAAGGAAUGGCAGCUGAGAAGCCUUCUGAAAGUACAGCUACUUUUGGAGAUGGUGCAGACAAGUACAGUGCUUUCCGAGAACUGGAACAGCCAUCAGAGGGCAAACACCCAGGAGAUAACCUUGCAGAAUUCAAGCCUGCAGGAACCGACGAUGGUUUCACAGAUUUUAAAACCGCUGACAGUAUCUCACCCUUAGAGCCACCUACAAAAGACAAAGCUUUCCCCACGUCCUUCCCUUCUGUGCCUGUUCAGUCAAAACAGCAAACACAAGCAAAGACCUCUUUGAACCUGGCAGACUUGGAUCUCUUUUCCUCUCCUGGUGAAAGCAAGCAGCCAUCCUUUCCACCUGCAUUUAACACAUCAAAAUUGGGCUCCUUUCCUCCACCGCCUCUUCCUUCUGCUGCCCAACCAGCACCCAGCAAAACUUCAAGCUUAGCAGAUGAGUUUGGAGAGUUCAACCUUUUUGGGGAAUUUUCUAACUGCUCAUCAGCCAGUGGACAAGAUGACUUUGCAGAUUUUAUGGCUUUCAACAAUAGCAGUGGAUUUUCUGAACAAAAAGCAGAUGACAAACACAAUGAACCUAAGCCUGAGGCCGGUCCUGUUCCUCAGUCUGGCUCCUCUGCCAGCACGGUGAAGAGUGGGCAGAGUUCUGCCACCACAGCUACACCCACCAAGUAUGAUAUCUUCAAACAGCUUUCCCUGGAGGGCUCUGGAGCAGGCUUUGAGGAGGGGAAGGACAACACACUUUCCUCGGUGAAGAGCGAUGACGAUUUUGCCGACUUCCACUCCAACAAGUUUUCUUCCACAUGCAGCAGCGCUGAUAAGUCCCUGGUGGACAAAGUCACAGCUUUCAAGCAGGCCAAAGAAGAUUCUGCUUCAGUGAAGUCUCUGGAUCUCCCUUCUAUUGGUGGCAGCAGUGUUGGCAAGGAGGAUUCUGAAGAUGCCUUGUCUGUUCAGUUUGACAUGAAACUGGCUGAUGUGGGAGGAGAUCUUAAGCAUGUCAUGUCUGAUAGCUCUUUGGAUUUGCCAACAAUUAGUGGCCAGCAUCCACCAGCAGCAGAUAUAGAUGACUUAAAAUGUGCCCCAUUUGGAAGCUAUAACAGUGGGUCUGCAGUCAGCAGCCUGGCAAGCUAUGACUGGUCUGACAAAGAAGACAUUCAUCAGGGCAAGAAGCUCUCCUCCCUUGGCCAGUCUUCAGGAAGUGGAUCCUCUGCGGCUACUUCUGUCCUUCAGAAGAAGGAGACCUUGUUUGGCAGUUCAGAAAACAUUACCAUGACAACAGUCUCCAAAGUGACAACCUUCUCUAGUGAGUAUGCUUUCCAGGAUGUUUCCUUUGCAGCCUUUGCAAACUUUAAAGACUCUGGACCAAUAGCCAGUGGUCCAAGUGAUGAUGACACUGGAGACUUUGGUGAUUUUGCAAGACCUUCAUCAGAAGCCCAGGAUGCAGCAGCCACUGACACGAAUCAGGAGGCAGAUUUCCUUGCUGGAGCUCUCCCUUCUGAGCUGCAAAGAGAGUCCACAGAUGACUUUGGAGAAUUCCAAAGUGAGAAGCCAAAGAUCAGCAAGUUUGACUUCUUGGUGGCAACUUCCCAAGGCAAGGUGAAAUCUAGUGAAGAAAUGAUCAGGAGUGAGCUGGCUACGUUUGACCUCUCUGUUCAAGGGUCUCACAAAAGGAGCUUGAGCCUCGGUGAUCGGGAAAUCAGUCGCUCCUCACCUUUGCCAGUUUUGGAGCAGCCAUUCAGAGAUCGUUCAAACACUCUCAGUGAGAAGCCUGCCCUGCCUGUCAUCAGAGACAAAUACAAAGACCUGACUGGGGAAGUUGAGGAAAGUGAGAGGUAUGCUUAUGAAUGGCAAAGGUGCUUGGAGAGUGCCCUGCAGGUCAUAAAGAAAGCAAAUGAUACCUUAAAUGGAAUAAGCAGUUCAUCUGUUUGCACUGAAGUUAUCCAGUCUGCUCAAGGCAUGGAAUACUUACUAGGGGUUGUUGAAGUCUACAGAGUAACGAAGAGAGUAGAGCUGGGUAUCAAAGCUACUGCUGUUUGUAGCGAGAAACUCCAGCAGCUGCUGAAGGACAUUGAUAAAGUGUGGAACAACCUCAUCAGCUUCAUGUCACUUGCUGCUUUAACACCAGAUGAAAACUCCCUGGAUUUCUCCUCUUGUAUGCUGCGCCCAGGGAUUAAGAAUGCCCAAGACCUUGCCUGUGGAGUGUGCCUCCUAAAUGUGGAUUCAAGAAGUAAAAAAGAAGAGAAACCCGUGGAAGAGCUUCCUAGAAAAGCCUUUAAUUCAGAAACAGAUAACUUCAAGCUGGCAUAUGGAGGGCACCAGUACCAUGCAAGCUGUGCAAAUUUCUGGAUCAACUGUGUGGAGCCCAAACCUCCAGGUCUCAUUUUGCCAGACCUGCUCUGAAAGCAGCAGCAGCACUGAAGGUGGAGGAUGGGGUCUGAGAGUAACAGGACACUUGGGGUGAUGGUGUGGUAGGGUAAGUGGAAGGGUUUGGGGUGUGGUUAGUGUUUUUGGUACCAUAAUGGGCUAAAGCCACAGUCACCUGCCAAUUCUCACGAAGAAUUUCACUUGAAAUGGAUGGGGUUUCAGAAAUAACCAGAAAAUAAUUGCACUGUGGCAAAAAAAUGUGGCAUUUCAGUCUUUCCCCAAGGUGAAAGUGAGUUAGUCUGUGUAACAAACCACUCUGCUAACCAGGAGCAUCAGUCUCUGAGAGAGGCCAAUAGCCAGAUUCCAAGAAAAACUGCAGAGCUAGACUGGUUUGCAUGGAAGUGACCAUUUAAAUACUUGAAGUACAUAUUUGCAAGCAUAUCUCUUCUUUGAUGUUUGUGGUAUAUGGACCAGGAUGUUUUUCUUUAGAUAUUUGCUGCUCUACUGCUGGAAUGCACACAAUGCACAAGUCACAGUAACUUUCAAGGCAAAAUGAAUUAUCUGCUUAGAAGGGAUGAGCCUGAAAAGAGCCACUGGAUAUUUAUGCUCUGACUGUUCUGUAUUGUAAGUUAUACUGCAUUUCUGUGCAUAACUGGUUUGCACUGGGGGAUAAGGACUUGGAAAAAUUGUUGGAAUUCUCCCUCUUCUAUCUGGAUUCAUUAGUACAGGAAGCUGGAUUUUGAGCCUGGCAGUCUGUAGCAAUACAGAGUUUCUUUCUCUGGAGGUGUAAAUACAGACUCCUUCCUGCAGGUCUGGGUUCUUGUGUCCCCCCUGACCCCUUGGCACUUGUGUGGCUGCAUCACUGCUGAGAACUGGAGACUCCUCUGAUGCAGUGUGUCUGCUUCUCUGGAUGUACAUUAACAUUUCUGAACAUCAAUAUGCUUUUCUGGAUGGGGUGCCUGUGUGUAGCUUGCACAGUCUGCUGCUCUCUGUAGUAACCUGUUUGUCUGACUCAGAGUUGGCAGCACAGGAUGGUCCUGAGCUCCUGAGUGAUUUAACACUGCAGCCUGGUUGGGUUUUGGAGCAGGGUAUUGCACACCCACCCAUUGCUGGUUAGGGGAGGUGCAGCUAUCAGACCAGAAGGAGGUUGGCCCAACAGAGUGUCCCAAAAUGUUACCCAUAUAUCUAAAGUACUUGAUUUUAUCUUCAGAUGCACAUCCAGGCAGCAGUGCAAUCAGCUUUGGUUCUACUCACAGGAUUUUAAACCUAGUGGGAGCUUUGUGGCAUCAUUGCAAGAGCUUCACCCCUCUCCAGUCUUGGUAUGCAGUGAAGUGGGGUGUUUAUCCAUCAGGUACAACUUGCUGCUUCAUUCUUUGGCUGAAGUGUCUCAGAACAUUCUCGACAAAGGUACCAGCAGCUCUUCUGAGUUACUCCGGCCUCCUGAGUAGCUGACACUGAUGGGUGGUUGUUUGCUGAAAUAUAGAUUACAAUGAGGAAAAGUGAUGCUUUGUAUUGAAAAAAAAAACAGACACAACUUUGUUAUACUAAACUAUUAAUUAUACCAAAUGAAGCAAUCUUGGCUAAUCAGAGUGCUAGGUGUCUGGCCCCUUAUUUACACAGAUUAAUAUAAAUCUUCCUACUGCCUGAAAUUAGCUCCUUCAUAAAAUAAGCAACUUGUGCUUCCAGUCACAAGCUCAAGCUAAUCAAGUAGCAGAUUUUCAAUAGAGUGACAGUGCCUGCCUACCUUCUGCUGCCCACUCAUUGUCAAAAAAAGGACAGUCACUCACUGCCUGCUCUCUGAUUCCUGUAUUAGGUGUGCAAUAGUUACAGCAGUCAGUCAGUCAGCACCGUAGUGUGUGACCACAGCCCUUGUUUUCCAUCAGAAUCAGGGGCUGCUGAUUCUGUGCAGGUCUUCCCAGGGGGGGUUGGGGGCUGCUCAGCACAGGGAGCCAGCACUCUCCUUUUGCAUCCUGAAUUACAGGAGCACUUCAGCACCAUCUGACUUGAAGCAGCCGCCUCGCCUCGCUGCUAGCCAGGGGACUUCUCAAGUGGUUGGGAGUCGCUGGCUGACGCAGAGGCUGUUGCUUAUGAAAUGCUAUAUUGGGAAAAGGGAGGUUAUUGUUAGCCUGGGUUUCCACCACAGUUCCUGAACACUUAGCUAGAUAGGGGGGGUUAUUUUAUUUUUUCUAAUUAAAGAGAAUGCCACAAAUAAAGGAGGCUGCAACGUGAAACUUGGAGCAGUUGGUGCUUCAGACGUGGUGCUGGUGAGGUUGCUGUAAAAGCCUUUCUCAGUGAUGUUUGUCUUGUACUUGUUAGGCAAGUAAGUUCCCUCUCUGCACUGCAGCCAGCGUGGCUUUUGGCCCAUGAAAACAAGGAAUUGACAUUUACAAUUAUAAUUGCAGCAGAGCUGACUGAAGUCUGACACUACUGCUUGCCUGCUCCCUCCAGCAGGGAAAGCAGCAGGCAGCACCACUGCCUGUGUGGUGAGCAGAAAGCAUUCUGAGCCCAACGCCUUGACGUCAUGGGAAAACACCAAAUGGUUUGCAUGUAGAUCCCCCUGAUAAAGACAUUGCACAACCAGGAUCAUCUCCCUGCCACAUCCCAGCCAUUAAAAUGACUCACUCUUGCAUUCAGCAGCAGCUCGGGCAUUGUGCUGCCAGCCAGAGCCCGGUGUCCUUGCAAUCUGUAUCCAAGGUUACAGUAUUUUCUACAGUCCAUUGUCACAGAGCACGUUCCCUUGCUUCCUUUGCAUACAGGCCAAUGGACACGCUGCCUUUUGCUUGGGUUGUGUUGAAUUUCAUAAACCUGACUCCUUUCUCUGCAUGGAUCACCAGGAAAAAACGAGGAACGUGGAAUUUUUGUAUUUACUGUUUGUGUUCUCUGGAGCUGCCUUAGGAUUACCUAUGGAAAGUGGGGUUUUUCCUGUUUAUUUGUGUAUAUCUGGAGUUUUAAGAGAUUAUUCCCUUGGUUAUUUAAUGUGUACAGCCCUUUGCCCAGCUGCAUUCCCAGUGCUCCUGUGCUGUCUUCAUGUGUUGUGGUGACAGGAGGGCUGGGGCAGGGUUGGGUGGCCCCAGCCCCUUCCCCUGCCAACCCCUUGCUCUGGUUUGGUUUGAGAAUCCCCCCAGAGCUGCUGCCCAGCAUUGGCUGCAGCCACUGAGAGGUUAUUUGUGGGGUGGAAAUUGUUACAUUCUGCACUUGACCAUUCCCCUGCUUUUUCCUCUCUGGCAGCAGCUUCUCUUCACCUGGGUUUGUGUGGAGCAGCUUUUCCCUUGAAGGGAUCAUGAAGUUUAACCUAAGGGUGAGAAGAUGCUCUUGAAAACCCAAGGAGCACUCCAGUUUCUAGUUAGCCAAGUGUCAGGUUAAUUAAACUUGAAACAAGAACUGCCUUUUCAAUAAAAGCUGCUGCUGUACGAACUACUUGCUCUGAAAGGUUUUGGUUGUGCUUUCUGGACCUGUAUUUAAUUCCAGUUCUCAAUAUUACAAUACAAAUAUCAAAAUUUUAUGAAGGAAAGUGCUCAGAAAACUUCUCUCUGUAUUGUGAUUCUUCCUUCUGCCCUCUGGGCAAACAUUAUUUCUCUUCCAAGAAGUGGUUUUGUGAUUAGUAGUUGGAGCUAUUUCAGUUUGUGCUAUGCUGGAGUCCCUGCUGAUAUUUUAAAUCCAGUGAGAAUAAGUGUUAUUAGUUAACUUUAGUCCAUUGUUUACCCCCUUAAUUCUUGGAAUGAUUUACAAACCCUUGGUUGGGAUUCAAACUUUGUAUUCAAUAAAGAGCUCAUUUCAUAUCUGA